GUGCGUUUCUCACUGGUUUUUGUAGUAUGGGCAUAAAAGUCAGGGACUGAUAGAUGGUCCAAACUCGGACUAGCGGGACCGUGGUGCAGAUUCCCAUACGGUCAUGACGCAGGCCAGUGGAGUCACUGGAGCGUAGGCAGCUAAAACUCAACCCACCGUCAUCCAGGGUCAAUCGACAAGCGUCUCCAGCCAUCGAUCUAAACAUUUUUCGCGAUAAGACUUUGAUCACACAAACGUUUGCCAGCCUUCUCGCUGCCCUUCUACCAAUUCAUCACGAGAGAUCCGAUAAUCACCCGUAUUCGGCCUCUUCUGCAUGUUUCUAAAGAGAUCUGUUCACUUAUAAAUUUCAUCUCUCCAUGGCACCCUCUCUCUUCCCAACCUCCGCCGAAAACUUUGCAGAUAUGCAGGGCAAACAUCUCAUCGUCGUCGCCAACCGUCUACCCAUCACAAUCACGAAAGAUGCUUCAGGCGAAUACCACUUCAAAAUGUCUUCGGGAGGGCUCGUAUCAGCCCUCUCCGGUUUCAAGAAGUCGUUGAGUUUCACAUGGAUCGGUUGGCCGGGUUUCUACAUUCCACCGAAAGACAGAGCUUACGUCGACAAGCGUCUAAUGGAAGAAUACUCUUGCCAAGCGGUAUAUCUUGACGAUGACGUCGCAGAAGGGCAUUAUAACGGCUUCUCCAACUCUAUUUUGUGGCCAUUAUUCCAUUACCAUCCAGGAGAAAUGAACUUUGAUGAGGAAAAUUGGCUCAUGUACCGUCAGGCCAACUUCCGAUUUGCUGAAACAGUACGCUCGCAAAUCACACCCGGGAGCAUGGUAUGGGUGCAGGACUAUCACCUUAUGCUCCUUCCCAUGAUCCUACGCGGCCUCGUUGACGGAUCAUCCGGAGGGGAUUACCAAAAGCAAGAGCUGACGAAGAUCGCGGAGGGUAUUGAAGAGGAAGUUAAUAUCUCUUCUGAGAGAAUACCCGACGUCAAGAUAGGGUUCUUCUUGCACACACCCUUCCCCAGCAGCGAAAUUUAUAGAAUCCUCCCUGUUCGUCGUGAAAUUCUGCUGGGUGUCCUGUUCUGCGACCUGAUUGGGUUUCACACUUACGACUAUGCUCGUCACUUUUUGUCUUCUUGCACGCGCAUCUUGGGUUUGCCCACUAUGCCAAAUGGUGUUGAGUUUGAAGGUCGCUUAGCUCACGUUGGGACAUUCCCUAUUGGCAUCGAACCUGCUUCAUUCAUCAAGAACCUAGAGAAGGAAACCGUUAAAUCUCGCAUCACUCAACUGGAACAGCGUUUCAACGGUGUCAAAGUCAUCGUUGGGGUUGAUCGUCUCGAUUACAUCAAAGGCGUUCCCCAGAAACUACACGCCCUCGAACUCUUUUUGAAGCAGCACCCUGAGUGGAUCGGUAAAGUGGUGUUGGUCCAGCUCGCUGUGCCGUCUCGACAAGACGUCGAAGACUACCAAAACCUACGAUCGACGGUAAACGAGCUCGUCGGUCGCAUCAACGGCCAGUUUGGUACAGUCGAAUUUAUGCCGAUACACUUCAUGCACAAGAGUCUACCAUUCGAUGAGCUGUGUGCCCUUUACGCAAUUAGUGACGUUUGUUUGGUGACGAGUACGAGAGAUGGAAUGAAUCUGGUCUCGUACGAGUAUAUUGCUUGCCAGCAGGCUCGUCAGGGUGCAAUGAUCCUCUCCGAAUUCGCCGGAGCCGCACAGAGUCUCAACGGAUCAAUCGUCGUGAACCCGUGGGAUCCUCAACAAGUCGCUGACGCGAUUCACGAAGCUGUCACGAUGGAUACGGAGACGCGUGCCGAGAACCACCGCAAGCUUUUCAAAUACGUCAAUAAAUACUCCGCGGCCUUUUGGGGCACGAGCUUCAUCAAGGAAAUGGGCAAGUUGAAGCAGGACGAUGUGGACAAGGAGGGUCAAGCUGAGUUGAAGCCCAAGAACGACGAAGGUGCUGGUAGCGACCUCGUUGGGGGACAAGUGCCUACGCCACAGGUGGUAAGCCCGGGUGUAUAGACAUCUGGGAAGGCAAGUAUCAUAACUUCUAUUUAGGCACCAGGUCGGAUGAUCGCAUUGCACACAUUGCGCUUAACUUGGGGCGCUAUACGUUGGUUGUUCCAUAUGAUUAUUCCAUAUCUUCAGUGGUUUUCUAGAACAUAGAUGGGGUCCCACAUUACUUGACGCUGGAGAGUAAAGUAGUACAUAGUAGCAUGAGGUGAACACGUUUUUUUUGGUAUGCACGCCUGCGAGCACUCGUUUCAUAAACGUCUUCGAGAACAAUCUCAAGUUUGCAAGCGCGAGGAUUCUCUGUAGACUUUCGAGAAAAGCGUCAAGUUGCUC